AUGCAGCAGGUAAUUCUCUAAUCUAAAUAUUGUAAUAAACUGAUAUAGAGAAUGAGUAAUCUGCAAAUGUAGCUGAUAAUUCUCUCAUCUAAAUAUUGUAAUAAACUAAUAUAGAGAAUGAGGAAUCUGCAAAUGCAGCACUUUAAUAAAAUCUUCCUCAGAGAAUUAUUAACUCAUUAUUCAUUUCAGAUGUCAACAUUAACUAUGUCUAAAAUUUAUUGGGUAAAAAUUUCUUAAAAUUAAUCAGAACAUAAUCGGUUACUUUUAGUAGAAUCACUUUACUUCUUUAAUUCGUUUACUGCCAAUGCUAAUGAAGGAUAAAUAAAACAAUGCUUUUAACUUAACUUUUUAUCAUACCUGGUAUCCUUAUAUGCCAAUUUUUGCUAAAGUAUGACAGAAAAUUCAGAUAUAUUUUAUAUAAUAGAUUAUUUAGAUUGCAUAUUCUACAAUCUAGUACUUUUGAAAGUUGAAUUUUAGGCAUAAGAUAAAAAAUAAAUGGUGGACUGCAUUGAAAAGAUUGUUCUUUUAAAUAAAUUUUAAAAGUUUAGCUUAUAGGCGUAAGAAUGUUUGCUUAACUUAUAUUUUAAACUUUCUUUAUGUUUCGAUAUAACAAAUUCAUUAAUAAUAUGCUCAUAUAUCUUACAAAAUACUAGCAAAAAAGAACUUAUUAUAAUUGUUGUUAACUUAAUUAUUAGAAUAUUUUAUCAAUCAGCUCGAGAAAAUAGAAAAGCCCUAGAAUUAUAUAUAAAUUAAAUUAAACAUUUAAAUAUUACUGAAAAAUUAGUUCAGCUAUCUGAUGAGUAUCCAAAUGAAAUCAUUAAAUAUUUUAAAGUUAUGUCAAACUAGUAAAAAUCAAUCACUAUUGAGAUAAUUUCUUUGUAAUAAGCAAGCUUAAUAUAUUAAAAAUGGAGAUACUUUGACAGGGAACUAUUUUAUUAUUUUUUAGCAAAUAUCAUCCCAACAUAUAAAAUUAUAUUAACAGGAAUUUUAUAAAAUUAGUAACUAUUGGAUGAGAUAAUGAUAACGCUACAAACCAAAUAAAACUAGGAAUCAAAAGAAGCAUUCUAUUUAUUAUGUACAAUUGUAAAAGAGAAUUCAUCUAUCCAGUCUAAUAAUCAGUUUAUUGGAAUUCUUAAUUAAUAUUUUGUCAAUAGCCACUCAAUAGAUGAAUACAAAUUUUAUUUAAAUCUGAUUUUGUAAGACCCAACUGUAUUGAAUUAAAAUUGUCCCAAUGCUGUAAAAACAAAACUUGAGUCAUUAAUUAAAUUACCAGAACUUGAAACAUAAGUGUAAAGAAUAUUAAAUGAUGAUUUACAAUUUAUUUUUGAAUGA